AUGGGUCUGGCAGGAACGCUGAAUGCUCUCAAUCUCUCCUCCCUGUCAUCACUCAUCAGUCUCAACCUCACAUCCAACAAGCUCUAUGGAAGCAUCCCUCCCACCAUAGCUGCUCUUUCCAAGCUCACCUCCCUUGAUCUCUGCACUAAUAACUUCUCCGGAAUAAUUCCACUACAGAUCGGCUCGCUGACAAAGCUCAACUCCUUGAAUCUUAGUGAAAAUCAGAUAAGUGGUUCCAUCCCUCUUUGGCUAAGUACCAUCCCUGAGGAAUUAGGAAGACUGGUGAAUUUGUUGGAUUUGAGAAUCUCAUACAAUCAGCUGACGGGUUCCAUCCCCACCAGUUUAGAAAGUUUAACCAAGCUUGAAAUUUUGUACCUUUGUGAAAAUCAGAUCUCUGGAUCAAUUCCUCAUGAAAUACAGAAUUUGAUCUCUGGACAAAUUCCUCAUGAAAUACAAAAUCUGGUAAACUUGAGAGAUUUGGAAAUCAAUACCAACCUUUUAGAUGGUUCAAUCCCUGCUGGAAAUCUAGUGAGCUUGACAAAAUUGGACAUAAGUGCCAACCAUUUCGAUGGUUCAAUCCCUGCUAGUAUAGGAAAUUUAACCAAGGUUGAACUUUUACACCUUUUUGAAAAUCAGAUCUCUGGACUAAUUCCUAAUGAAAUACAAAAUAUGGUAAGCUUGAAAGAUUUGGAAAUCUAUACCAACCUUUUAAGUGGUUCAAUCCCUGCUGGUAUAGAAAAUUUAACAAAGCUUGAAAUCUUGUACCUUUUUGAAAAUCAGAUCUCUGGAUCAAUUCCUCAUAAAAUACAAAAUCUAGUAAGGUUGAGAGAUUUGGAGAUCAAUACCAAUCUUUUACAUGGUCCAAUCCCUGCUGGUAUAGGAAAUUUAACCAAGCUUAAAAUCUUGCAGCUUCAUGAAAAUCAUAUCUCUGGCUCAAUCCCUCCAUCUUUUGGAAGCUUAACCAAUCUUACUGAUCUGCCCUUAUUUGACAAUCGACUAUCUGGCUCUUUGCCUCAGGAAUUUAACAAUAUUACAAAUUUGAAACUCCUCGACUUGACAAACAAUAAUUUUUCUGGCCAUUUACCCCAUGACAUAUGCAAAGGAGGAGUUCUAGCUCAUCUCACUUUGAACAAUAACCAUUUUGGAGGUCCAAUUCCCAAAAGCUUGAAACACUGUACAAGCCUAAGUAGAGUCCGACUUGAGCAUAACCAACUAUCCGGGGAUAUAUCUGAAAAUCUUGGGGUGUAUCCACAUUUAUGGUAUAUAAAUUUAAGCUUCAACAAAUUGUUUGGUAAGCUCUCAUCAAAUUGGGGAGGAUGUCAUAAUUUAUCAUUUUUAGGAAUCUCCAACAACAAAGUUACAGGAAACAUACCACCAGAACUUGGAAAGUUAACUCAACUGCAAGUACUUGAUCUCUCCUCAAACAAUCUGUUAGGAGAGAUUCCAAAGGAUUUGAGCAAGUUGACUCAUCUAUAUAACUUGACUUUGAGCAACAAUCAACUUGUUGGAGAGGUAUAUCCAGAAUUUGGAGAACUACUUAGUUUGGAGAUUCUUGAUCUAUCAGCAAAUCGACUAAAAGGAAGGGUACCAGAACAAUUAGGUAACUGCACGAAACUUCGCGUGCUGAAGCUUGGAAACAAUCAUUUAAAUGGAAGUAUUCCCUUUCAAAUUGGAAAUCUAGUAAGCCUGGAUGACUUCCUAGAUCUAAGCCACAACUCAUUUACUGGAGAGAUACCAUCACAAUUUGGCAAACUAGAUAAGCUACAAGAUCUGAAUCUAUCACACAAUGAGUUGACUGGUCAUGUUCCACCUUCUUUGAGUUAUAUGAUAAGCUUGUUAUCUAUAGACUUAUCAUACAAUAAAUUAGAAGGUCCGCUGCCCAACAGCAAAAUUUUCCAGAAUGCUUCGUUAGAGUGGUUUAUCCACAAUAAGGGCUUGUGUGGUGUAGUGAAGGGUUUGCCUUCAUGUGGCUCAUUUACAACAAGCAAAGAUGAUUCAAAUAAGCACCACAAACUUCUCUUGUUGAUCAUUGUUUCUAGUCUGGGAAGCUUAUUUCUCUUAUUUCUAUUUGUCAUAUGUGCUUUGCUAAUUCUGAUAAGGAAGGAACAUACAAGACAUGCUGCAAGUAUUGAAGGUGGUGAAUACUCUAUUUGGAACUUCAGUGGAGUCGACGCAUACAAAAGCAUCAUCGAAGCAACUGAGGAUUUUGAUGACAAAUACUGCAUUGGCACGGGAGCAUAUUCGGGUGUUUACAAAGCACUGCUGCCAAGCGGUGAGUUUGUAGCUGUGAAAAAAUUUCAUCCAUCAGGAAUUGAAAACUCACCAAGCAUGCAAACUUUUUGGAUUGAAAUACAAGCACUAACCCAGAUCCGACAUCGGAAUAUUGUGAAGCUUUAUGGUUUUGGCUCCAAU